UUCACUUGACACAUCAAGACAACUUUUUUCGUUCCCUCUCAUACCGUAGCGAUUUUGAGUGCGUGUCAAUUUCUGUUGAUGUCCACUCGAAAACUACACUAAAAUACUAAUUAAAUUUUUUAUACAGAAAAAACAUAAGUUUAUUUAAGUUUGUAGAGAAAAAGUGCAAAUACAUUCUGUGUCAUUAUGUCGGAACAAGUCGUCGAAGAAAUAAUUGAGUCUGUUACCGAAGCUGUAGCUGAAACUGUGGAAAAUGUUACAGAAACUAUCACAAAUGCAAAAACACCAUCGACUCCUGAAGGUAUGGCCGUUGCAUACGGUAGCUUGGUCAUAAUGGCCAUGUUACCAAUUGUUUUCGGCUCCAUUCGAUCUGUGAAACAUCACAAAAUGAAGAAAGAAUCAGGAGAAAAAGCUGACACCAUGACCGCCCGCGAUGCCAUGUUCUUCCCCAUCAUUGCUUCCGCCACACUCUUCGGUCUUUACUUGUUCUUCAAAAUCUUCUCAAAGGGCCGUAUCAACCUCCUCAUUACCGGUUACUUCUUUUUCCUAGGAGUCGUCGCUCUAGCUCAUCUCCUCAGUCCUAUUGUUGGCAAUUUAAUUCCAACAUCAAUUCCAAAAAUUCCCUUCCACAUUCACUUUACCAAAGGUGAAGGUAAAAACAAGGAGGACAUUAUUAACUACAAGUUCUCCACACAUGAUAUCGUCUGCCUACUGAUAUCAUCCGUGAUUGGAGUGUGGUAUCUUUUGCAAAAGCAUUGGAUUGCCAACAAUCUUUUCGGUCUUGCAUUCGCUGUGAAUGGAGUUGAAUUACUUCAUUUGAACAACAUCGUGACCGGAUGCAUUCUAUUGAGUGGACUCUUUUUGUAUGACAUUUUCUGGGUAUUUGGAACCAAUGUCAUGGUUACAGUGGCCAAGAGCUUUGAAGCUCCCAUCAAACUAGUAUUCCCACAAGAUCUCAUUACAAACGGUUUGAGUGCCUCGAAUUUCGCAAUGCUUGGUCUUGGAGAUAUUGUUAUUCCUGGAAUAUUUAUUGCUUUGCUUUUGCGUUUUGAUCACAGUCUGAAGAGGAAGAGUCGUAUUUACUUUUAUUCGACUUUGGUUGCUUACUUUUUGGGAUUAAUGGCAACUAUUUUCGUUAUGCAUGUGUUUAAGCACGCACAACCGGCUUUGUUGUAUUUGGUGCCAGCUUGUAUGGGAACUCCACUUUUAGUCGCACUUAUUCGAGGAGAAAUUAAGCCUUUGUUUGCAUAUGAGGAUCAUCCCGAAGAAAAAGAGAAAGAGAAGAAGGAACCUAAAGAUAGCAAGAAAAAAGAUUCAAAGAAGUCCAAAUAAUUUUUUUUUUUGGCA